GUACCACAAUCCUUUGCGUUAAACAAAAUGGCAGCGCCCACGAUAACUCUCGUGUCUAAAACCUACACACAUCUGAACUUCUUUUAAUCGAUUAGUUACAGCAUUGUUUGAUAAUCCUGUCAGAGGUCGUUUCUGCCGUCUUCUCACCAUGGAGGAACUACAGCAAGCUUUCACCGGAUCAUUACAUGUCAACAGGAAAGACAAUGACACUGCUGCACCUCAUCCAAGACUGAGUCAAUUCAAACAGAAAGGAAAUAAGCUGAAUCAAGAGGAAAGAAGACUUAGCCAAUUGGAAUCACAGAAAAGAGAAAGGCUGGAUUAUGUGAAUAAAGCCAGAUGCUUGGCUGAAGAAGAUUGGGACAAUUAUAAGGAUGAGGAAGAAGAUGAUGGGGAUAAUAAGGAGGAGGAAAUGGAGAGUGCAUCCUCCAAGACAAAUGUCAAACGCAAGAAAAGACCUCGAUAUUACAGAAAUCAGUUGAUGCUAUCUGAGUGGUUGGUGGAGGUACCGAAUGACUUGGCAAAGGAUUGGCUGAUGGUUUUGUGUCCAGUUGGAAAGAGGACAUUUGUAGUGGCAGCGAAGGGGAAGACUUCAAGCUACAGUAGGAGUGGGUAUCGUUUGUCAACAUUUCCGUCUCAGUUACCAGGAGGCUGUAGGAAAAAUAAACACAAUAAUACAGAGUACAGUCUUCUUGACUGCAUAUUCCACGAAGCAUCCAGGACGUUCUACAUUCUUGAUAUUAUGUGCUGGAGGGGUCAUCCAGUCUAUGACAGUGACACAGAGUUCCGAUUCUUUUGGCUUCAUUCCAAGGUUGCUGAUGUACCAAUUCUCACUAAGAGCUCAUCUACCAAUCCAUUCAGGUUUCUUCCCCUGCCCAACUUUCCAUGUCACACCAACGUUAUAGAAGAAACUAUGGCCAAGCCUGCCCCAUUCCAGGCAGAUUUAGACGGCGUCCUUUUUUACCACAAGCAGACGCACUACACAUCCGGCAGCACACCUCUUGUAGGAUGGCUCAUGCCUUGGAUGCUCCCAGACAUGCUUGGUGUACCUGUUCCUGACUCCAUCAUGGCAUCCAGACCACCAGGUGCAGAUAUGAAACCCCCUGAUCCUAAAAUGGAAGCAGCCAUUGUAAGCACAGACGAGUCCAAAGUGGAAGACAAUCUUCCAGAAAUAGGGGUGGCCAGUUGAAGAUGACGGACAAGGUAACUGUAAGGCCUCAUGCUCACUAGGAUCAGGUUACCUCAGUGGUUUCUAUCUUGGCCUUUCACCUCUGUGAGACCCCGAUUAGAAUCCCAUCUCAGACCGGAAGCCUUGCAUGUGGAUUGGGUUUUCGGUCCCUACUUGUUCCUGGCUCAUUCUAAAACUUAACAUUACGCAGAGGUGCAAUUCACAUGAUGUGGACUUGACAACAUUGCGUUGUUAGGACCAUGGAACCGCUGUUUAUUUUCCUCAUGUGAAAAGGGCUCUAUUUUUUAUUUUGUGUGAAUUUUUUGUGGAGCCCACUCAUCCUUACUCGCAGCUAAAAGCUUAUUUGCGAAGAGCGUGGCUACAAAGUGUUCGAGAAGCCGGCAUGCAAGGCGCGCCUUAACCCAUUAUGACCAUGGAGCACAGCCAGAGAUCCCAAGGGAGGGAAAACUGGAUGAUCUGGAAAACCCUUGUGGCACAGCAGAGAACCAGCGCACAACUCAACUCACAUAUGGCCCUGUCCGAGUAUCGAACCAGGGUCAUCUUGGUGAGAGGCGAGUGCUUUACGCACCACCCAACCACGCCAACCACUCAUCCUGUCAUUGUUGCUAACAGUGCUGUUGGAUUUGUAUUAAUAAUUAAACAUAUUUGAGCAUGUUGAGUGUUCAAAGGUACAUUCUCUUAAAACAAACCAAAUGACAGAUGCAAGUAUUUGCCAUGUCUUAAUGUUUUUGUUUUUGACUACUGGAAGUUAAUUCUCUACUUGAAGUCCUCUUGUCAAGUCAAGUAGUGUCUUUAUAAAUCAUCAAUGACUUCCUAUUGCUGGAUAUAGGCAUAAUGUUGGUUGACCUAUCAGCUUUAAAGGGAAGGUACACAUGUCAAAGGCCAGUCUUCCCACUUGGUGUAUCCCAUCAUAAGCAUAAAACA